AUUUCAGUAUGGAAAUAACACCAUGGUCCAAACAGAGGAACAUUUCAAAUCCGCGUUGCCCUUACAAUUGUGAACAAGUAUCCUCACCAAUCGCGUUCUCCGAAUUACGACUAUACUCACUACACCGACCAUAUUUGAGUAUAUAUACUGGAGAGUAGCACCUGCUGCUAAAUCAUAUAUAUCUUACGCCGUUCUACAAUUAUACACAGUAGCAGCAUCUGUUGUGGCUAUCCAAGCCAGAAUGACUGGUUAUUUCUUGUGCAUGAAUUAUCUUUCACAGUUAUAUUCAAGUAAAGAAUUCUCUGAUGAUUGUGCAUUUUACGAAAAGUUACUGCAGCAAUACUACACCACAUUCUACAGUAAUAAAUACAAGAAAAAAUUGAACAAAACGUGGUAUAUAAGUAUUGACAAAAAAGGACGGCCUCGACGAGGCAAUCGUAGUAAUAAUCAUCAAAUACGAGUCAUGUUUCUGCCGUUAGAUGCAGAUGAAGCGUUGAUAAAAAAAAUUGAAAGUGAACAACGAACUAAAACCGGUUCUAAUACUUCUGCUACAACAGCUAUUGAUGCAGUACGGACAGCACAACCCCCCGGCACGGGGGGAUUAAGCACUGCUUCAAUAGACAUGAGUUCGCCGAAAAUGGCAUCAACGACAACCGCCACAACGUCAACGGCGUUGGCAGGACAAAUGUUGACAACGCCCGCGACUACGACCACUUACAGAAAAACGCCCAGAAAGAAAAAGCACCGUUGCAAAAUGAAAAACCGCUUGCAAAGGAAAGCUUGUAAAAGAAAGAGAAGACGGCGAAGACGCUGCAAAGAAGCACGUCUAAAAAACAAACGCUGUCGAAAGAAAAAGAGAAAACUUUUAACAAAAGAUACUGAAGUCAAAUGACACAAAAGUUUAUAUAUGAAGAAAAAGAAAAUUAAGAAAAAAAAUCAGAGUCAAUAAAAUAAAAUCUAAAACAUGGGACAAAGGGGAUAUAUAAAGGGAAGGGACUGGGAUACGAUAAAUGUCUAACGAAGACAUAGACGAAAAUAACAGACGGAUUGUGCACAGAAAUUAAUAUUUCUUGUUUCACAACAUACGUACUUUGUGCGAAUAUAUAAAAAUACAAAUCAAAGCAAUUAUGCAAAUAAAUGGAUACAAGUAUGUGUGCUUAUAUGUGCGCGGUGAGUUUGUGUUUGAAUAUAUAUAUAUAUAUAUGGAUAUAUGUAUGCAUGUAUGUAUAUAUAUAU